UUAACGCCCUAUAGGAAGAAGACAUACGUACAGGAAUUCAUUGAAAGCUGUCUCUUGGGGGUGAGAUUCCUAGAAACUGUUUCCCAUGCAGGCUACUGCCUGCUGCUCCUGGCCUUCUCCACAAACAACUGAACUGAGAAGGUUAGGCUGAUACCGACUGUGUGCGUGAGAUCAGAGACACAGAGCUGAAGAUGUCCUGGACGUAUGCAACCCUCCUGGGUCUCCUCGCUGUGCUUCUGGCACUUUCCUUGUCUACAGAGGCAGAAACUGCAGCUGUGCCCGACAGCACAGGCAAAGCUAAAGAUCCACAAGGUCCGCUGAAGAAGAUCUUCAUGAAGGAGGCAGAUGCAUCAAACUUCUUCAGAAGACGCAGCAGACGGGCCUCAAAGUCUCAGGAUGAGAUUAACGCUGAGCAGAGGCAGAUUCUGGCUGCAGAUGAACGAAAGAGAGAGUUCCACGAGGAAAAGAGGAACGAGUUUGAGAGCUAUGCUGAAGAGGAGCAUGAUGAACAAAACGAGAAGACCAGAGAGAGCACCGAGCAGUGGAGGGAGUUUCACUACGACGGGAUGCAUCCUCCUCACGAGUACAACCGCCAGUCCAUCUGAGACUGGAGGGCAGGGGAGGAGAGAGACGAUGCUGUAAAACAUCUUUAACCACACAACGAGGCCUUUCUCCUCUCACCUUGACACUUAUAUAGUAGAGAUAACAGCUACAGAAUGAUAUUUUCAGCUUGUUUCAACCCUUGUGUUGUUGAUUUUGGCUUUAGU